AUGGCAGCGUCUUCUCUCCUUCUCCGCCAUUUCACCUGCAAUCUCUACUUUAACCCUUCCCACUACUCUAGAAGAUCGGAGAUUUCAAUCCGAUUCCGGAGCUGCACUUCGAUCGUUCCUCUUGGGUUUCCGAUUUCUGUUUCUGCCGCUAGAUCCAUGACCGGUUUAUUCAAAAGAUUCGGUAGCAGAGACGGAGGCAGCAACGACGGAGACGAACAAUUUGGGGCCGUGGAGCAAGAAUCUUUCAUCAAUGGCUCGCCGGAGCUCCGUAAAGAGUUGGUCGCCGGCGGUGGGAUCGAAGCCAUCGUUAAUCGUCUGAGCAAAUGGGUAGUGUCUGCUCUGUUUGCUUCCAUCAUUCUCCUGCGACAUGAUGGUACAGCCUUGUGGGGAAUCAUUGGAUCCGUUUCGAACUCGGCUCUCUCCAUUGCUCUCAAACGUAUACUCAACCAAGAGAGGCCUGCUACAACCUUGAGAACUGAUCCCGGGAUGCCAUCUUCUCACGCACAGUCCAUUUCCUUCAUAUCUGUGUUUGCUGUUUUGUCCGUUAUGGAAUGGCUUGGAACUAGUAAAGUCUCUUUGUUGCUUAGCGGCUUCAUCCUCGCGUUGGGUUCAUACUUUAUACGGUUAAGGGUUUCUCAGAAAUUACACACAAGCAGCCAAGUGGUGGUUGGUGCAAUCGUGGGUUCUGUCUUCUGCGUGUUAUGGUACACAACGUGGAACUCGCUCCUCCUUGAAACAUUUGAGUCAUCACUAUCACUCCAAAUAUCUGUGUUUAUGGUUGCAUCUUCAUUUGCGCUAGCUUUUGCUGCUUACGCUGUACUUAACUGGUUCAGAGACGAUAGAUGA